UAAAAAAAAGUUAAACUAAAAAUGGCUUCCUUGUCUUUGGAGUCUGCAGAACAAUCUGAGAAUAGCACUGAGAAUCCUACCCAAGAGGCCGCUCCGGUGAAAGAGGAGACGGAUCCGGAUGAAGUUUCGGAACAAUUGCUAAAAACUUUUCAGAACUCGGCGCUCAGCUUUUCGACCGAUCAAGUAGCAUGUCUGUGCGAAGCCCUUCUACAGGCAGGCAAUGUGGAUCGCCUGUGGAGAUUCCUAUCAACCAUCCCUCCUUCGGCCGAGCUGCUACGUGGCAACGAGACGCUGCUCAAGGCCCAGGCACUGGUUGCUUUCCACCGGGAAGAAUUCAAGGAGCUGUACGCAAUAUUGGAAAGCCACAACUUUCACCCGAGCAACCAUGGGUUCCUGCAGGACCUCUACUUGCAGGCGCGCUACAAGGAGGCAGAGAGGUCCCGAGGUCGUAGCCUGGGCGCUGUGGACAAGUAUCGGCUUCGGAAGAAGUUUCCCCUGCCGAAAACAAUCUGGGAUGGAGAGGAAACGGUGUAUUGUUUCAAGGAGAAGUCUCGGAAUGCACUGAAAGAGUGUUACAAAAGCAACAGGUACCCCACUCCAGACGAGAAGAAAAACUUGGCCAAAGUGACUGGACUCUCCCUCACACAAGUCAGCAAUUGGUUCAAGAAUCGACGGCAGAGAGACCGAACCCCGUCUGGUACCAACAGCAAAAGCGAGUCCGAUGGCAACCACAGCACAGACGAUGAGGCUGACGACAUCUCAGACAAACCAGAGGACAUUGUGGGCUCCACAGCCUCCAUCAUCUCCCUCUCUGGUACCCCCUGCAGCACUGGAGGCCAGAUCUUCCUCAACGGGGCUGGUGGGUUCCUCACCGCCUCCCACCCCUUACUCAUCAACGGGGGCUCCCUGAUCUCCGGGGCAGGGGGUGGCGUCAUCAUCAACGGGCUGACCCUGAGCGAUGGUCACACGGUUACCCUCAGCCCCAUAUCGGCUAACUCGCCUCUGCUCUUCAAUGGAGCGCAGGUCAUAUCCAAAAGCAGUGCGGUUGUGCAGGAUAUGGGUCUGGAGGGCCAGGAGGUUACAGCCAUGGAGGCCCAGCCCAGCUCUGCCAUCUCCCUCCCCCUGACUGAGGACCGUAAGACGGACAAUGUUAGCCUGAUGAACCCCUCGACUAUCCCCACCCUGGACUUCAUCAAUGUCCCAGAGGGGAUGGUUCUCAAAGCAGAGGACAUCCAGACAGUCUCUCCUUCCCCCUCCUCAACAUUCUCCCCCACCUCCCUCCCCUCACUGGUUCUGACUCAAAAUGGCCACCUCUCCGACACCCUCCCGGUCUCUAAGUCAUCCCCGGGCGUGGUCAUCUCCAGCCCUGUAGUGAGCCUCCCCAACCAGCAGGGGGAGUAUGUUGUGUUUGCCACAGCUGGUUCUCAGCUCACCCCCUCCAGCUCCAUCUGCCAGGUGGUGUCAUCCUACAGCUACUCCACCCCACAGGUAUUCUCCCUGCCUCAGGUGGUGCCCUCCAUCCAGGGUGUCCCCGUAUCCCAACUGGUCCAACACAACCCUGGAGGCCAGUGUCCCCAGUUAGUCCCUGUCCCCCCCCUCACCUCCUCCCUCCCCCAGGGCACCCUUUCCCAGUUCCAGGGCCACCAGACUCUGAACAUUGCCCAACCCCUCCCCCAGCAUCAUACUGGUUCGUCUACAUUGGGAGCGGGAUCCACCAUCCUCUCCCUGUCCCAGCUCACCAAUGGACAGCUCCCUCAAGGACUCACACUCCAGCUGGGUAACCAGACCUCAGCUACAAUCCCCAGUCUGACACAGAUCCAGUCCCCACUAGGCCAUCCCCAGAUCAUCUCCUCCCCUACCCAAGUGGUUCCCGUCUCCCAGUCCAAAGAGACAACCCCAGCCCAGUUGGUUCCCCUGCCCCAGCUGGUGCCUGUCUCCUCCGCGGGACAACUUUCCUUCCCUCAGGUCGGCCCGGCCACCCAUUCCCUAUCUGGAGGGGCUUUCCAGAUCCUAGCCUCGGCCACUGGAGGUGGGAUGCCUCAGGGGCCAUUUAGGAUUAACCAGCUGGGACCCCUCCAGACUGUAGGCCCCCCGACCAGCAUGGCUCCUAGUGUCCAGCUCCUCAACUCUGGGGUCAUUCAGCUCCCCUCCGCCUCGCCAGGGAAUCUCCUCUAUGGUGGAAGCCCCAUCCUGAGUUACCAAAACGGCAAGCUGAUCCUAACUAUCCCGGCUGGCAUCCAGUUCGGCAGCCUGCCCAUGAAACCCGUCCCUGAGGCUUCUACCCACCUCACCAACGGAGUAGGCCCCGGACUCACUCUCAACCCUGUCAUCCACCCUACACCUACCCUCAUCCCAGUCUCCACCUCUGUCUCAGCCUCCAACACCCUACAGACGUCCCCCCUCUGCUUCAUCAACUCCUCUCCGCUCUACUGCACCCAUGAGACGGGUGUCCCCACCAACCAGUCCCUCUCCACCACCUCCCCACACACCCUGGACCUCUCUGCCACCCACACCCCUCCCAAUGCCCUCACCCCAGAGAGCAUGCUCUCUCUCAGCCCCAUGUGCAGCGGAGUGACCCCCACCACUCAGCUCUCCCAGACCACCUGGAGCCCUGUCCCCCUCUCCACCUCUGCCAGCCUGACUAUGUUUGACGUCCGUGGGAAGGGGGAUCUACCCGAGGACCCGGCUCUGCUGGGCCUACCUGGAGGCGAGGCACUGCUACUGGGGAGCCCCUCUCCAGAACAGGAUGUGGACAGGGUGUCGCCAUUGGGGGACCCAGAGGAGAUGGAUGGAGACCCCAAGAUCCUCACCCAGCUACAAUCAGUCCCUGUGGAUGACGAGUUGAGGCUGUAAUCCAGUCCCCCCCCCCCUCUCCCCCCCAACCCACAUCAGCAAGACUACAUGUUUACGGCACAACCUCAGUGCUCCCUUGGAUAGGUUUGCAUUGAGCUGUGGACCUGUAUGAGAAAGGUGCUUUGACUCCAAAAAUCCUAGGCGAUGAUCCUUUUGGAUAAACCGUCACGGGAUAGGCUGAUUGUAUGCAACAUGGAAUGACCUGGAGGACGGCCUUGCAUAUAGGCUAGCCUGUUACCUGACUUAUGUUACGCAACUGUCCACUGCUUGGUUUCCACAAUUUUAGAACUCUUAUACUGUUGUCAUCUGCCUCCCAUAAGUCAAGAGCCCUUCCUGUGUCAAAAAAUCCAGUCAGAGACAAAAUGGAGGAGCUGAGUAAAAGUCCUUACUCUCCAAGCGAGGCACGGUUCCUUUUACUCGGCAUCAAGUUCAUUUCUAAGCACAUUCUGCGGCUUUCAUGCACAGGCGUCCCCGUUUCAGCCAACACUAUUUGUACUACAAGGGAACGAAUGCCUUGGGUUUUAGUUGGCGUUGGGUUGAGCAGUACGCCACGGCCAGGUUGUCUUGUUUUAAGUCUCUAAACUCAGCCAAAUUCAGACGCAGCCAAGCGUUAAGUCCUGUUGGACUGGACGGUUCCGAAUGGCUGCUCACUUUUGGUGCUGCUGAGUAUUGCACAGAUUAGCCUCAGUGAACGCAAACAGAAAGUGGGCCGACCGUGACACCAGGAACCCCGGGAACACUCCAGCAUCGAGAUGGACUGUGUACUCCGCUCUGUCAGCAGUGUCACCGCGUCAAGAGCACAGGCUCCUCAUUUAACUACAGGUUGGCGUACAUGCUAAACUUUGUCACGUCUGUUGGAGGAAAACUGCUUUUUUUUACUCUAUGCAAUCAAUGCAUGGUCCUCUGUGAAUAUGGUCAUGUGACAUGUAUUACAUAUGUAGGCCAGUCUAAUUAGGAUAGACCGAUCUUUAGUGAAGACAGGUUUCGUACACUGUCUAACGCGUGUACACUACACUCUGCUUGAUCACAUGGUGCGAUAUUUGCGCCACAAUCGUCCACUAUCGUACACUACAAAUGGUCUAUGAAUGGAAAAAUAUUGUUUUUUUAAUUUUUAUAUUACUUGUAUGGGUUUGAGCUAGACCUAAUAAGUGCCUUAUUAUCUAGUUGGUGGGCCAGUGUGGGUUUUCCUGCCUUUGUAUCUUCACAAGUGAAGAAUGUGUUCUACUCUUCACAAAAUGAAGCACCAUUCGAGACGAGCAACUUCCCACAUUGAUGUGGAAUAUGAGUUUUGUACUAACCCGUAUCCCUCUUGAACUCCAGAGAAACGUAAUGUGAUGCUCUUGGUUGUACGGCCGUCGCUCUUUCAGCAUCACUAACACCUUCCAUGACAUCAUCACCAUUGAGAACUCCCUCCUCAUUGUACGUUUUGCCCAUUUCGUCCAUGUCAUGUUUACGCCUUCGGUGAUGGCCAGAUUCUAUUCUGAAAACCUGCUGCCUUUUCUCUGUUCUUGACGAAUUGCACUCACUGAUCUGAAGCGACGGGAUAGGUCGAAUUAGCUGGUUAGGUUGAGUUUCAAACAGCCUCUGUCUAUCCUGAUAUCAGCAACAGUGAGUCAUGAAGUGCUGAGAGCAGGUGACGGGUCUCCUAGAAUGGAAUGGUAUCCAACGAGACUUGGUGCAGUUCUCUCCAUAAACGUAUAGUACUCACCAUCUCUCCACAAAC